UCUCAUCUUCAUGGAUAAUUUCACGGAGGUGGAACAAUGAAAGUUGGUAAAAGGGAUGCAGCAGCGAUAUGACUGGCCAAAGAUACGGGAGAACUUGUUGGCAAGGAACUUUGACCAGAUCCUCUGUCGUCUGCUGAAGCAGCAGAAGGAGGAUCCAGAAAGAGUGCAUUUAGGGGCAGAUAAGGACAAAGAGGUCUACAAGACCUUAGCUGAAAUGAAGGAAAUGAUGGCCGAUAUGAGAGAGGAACGGUUGAAGUUCCAAGUGUUGGCGGCCAAGGUGAGUAAAGGAAAGAGAAAGGGGAAAGAGCCUGUUGUUGAGGAGAGCAGCAGUGAGAGUGAAAGCGAGGAGGAGGAAGAGCCUCCUCGAAAGCUGACCAAGGCCGAGAGGAAGGCCUUGAAUCAAAUACGAGGAGGACAGGGAACGUCUCAAAAACGGGGAGAAAGUAGCAGGGAUGGAGGAAAUGGAAAUGGGGAUCGACAAGUUGGCCAGGGACAACAGAGCCAAAGUCAGCAGGCCCAGCCUCAAGGUGGUCGAGGCCAUGGAAGAGGCCGCGGGAAUGGUGAUGGUCGAGGAAAUUGGCAGGAAUAUGUUUGCAAAUAUUGUGACAUGAAAGGCCACAUUGUUCGUUUCUGCCAAAUCCUCGCGAAAGAUGAAAAGGAUCAAAUUGUUUUCACAACUAUUCGAGGCGAAGUUUUUGACUUUGAGGGGAAUCUUAUUGAUUCCAACAUUGAAGGGGGGAUGAGGAAGGAAGCCUUCCGACGGAUGGGCCGUCCUUUGCCUGCCACGUUCCGACUAGCCUCGCCAGAAGAGGCCAAUCUUUUUGAGUUGGAGGAGGCGAUGGCUUCCUUAGAAGUCUGUGAUUGCAAAGAAGAGGAAUUGGAAGAAAUGAAGGAAGACAUUGCUCGUCGGGCCCGGGAGGUGACCAGAAGAUUGGGCAAGUGUCGAGACUCUAUUGUCCGACUGUGCGUUGAUAUGGAGGAAGUUAGACCCAAUCUUCCAAACGUAUUCCUCUUUGGGGGAUCAAGCAGUGUGGGUCAGGAUAGGUCAGCUUCUGCAAAUGCUCCAACGCCAAGAGUAACAUCAUUGGUUCGACCAAUGGUGAUGUCCCGACCUUUGCUUUAGCGAGGGACAAAAGUUAUAAUGGUACAGACCUGAAAGGAGAGGAAAACUGCACAAUCUCAGCCUGCGUCUGGCGAGA